UAACCGUCGAUGGUGAAGUUUACCUCGUUGCCUCGAAUGUACUUAUUACCACUCAUGUAUUUGAUUAUGGGACUAUAUUUAUACAAAAUUUAAGUAAUAAGCAGCUAUUAGAACUCAAUUACAGCCCUGAAUAUUUUGUGAUUGGUCUUGAUUUUCAAAAUAUUCUAUUUUAACCUUUUCAACGUUUUUGUAUUAAUUUUUUAAAAAUGUGGAUGAUACACUUGAUUUUUCAAAAAAAUAAAUAAAUAAUAUAUACUAUAAAAUUGUUGUGUUUAAAAAUAUUUUAUUUAAACACAUUAUUAUUUUGAUUUAGAAAAAUGUAAAACGGAUAUUCGCGCGGAUAACCUCUUUUUGGGUAAAACGGAUUAACCUCUUGUUAUUCGUUCUAAAGGGAAGCUACAUCAUAAACACGAAAAAUCCCAUAAACAAAACAGUACAACACUUGCUCGUUUAUGUUUUGAUAUACCAAAAAUUGAUUCGUCACCUUUUGCCAUCCACAUUAUUCGCCACAUUAUUAUUCUUUGAUUUAAUAUCAUUUCACUAUUUUUUUUUUUUUUUGCCAACUAAUCCAUUAUUUAUUUAGGAUGUCAGUAGUCACGGACUCACGAAUCCUUUUCAUAGAGUUUCUUACUUUCUUACUAAUUAAAGAGACACGAUUCUUAUUUCUUCUUUACUUUAUUUAAUUUUAAUUUAAAAUUUUCAUAUUAAAAUAAUUAGUGGGUUUUCUAUUCCCGUCAAAUAAGAGAAAUAGAGAGCUCUCAGCACACGAAACAAAUAUUGAACUUCAGAUAUGUUUUAAGCUCCGGGGAGAAGAUAACUGAAAAUUUAACUCGCCAGCUUCCCACAUGCACAGUGAUUCUUCACGGUUAGCUUGAUCAUCUCCAAUAAAUCACCGUUAUAACUGCCGCAAAAGAAAACGCCCUUAACUUGGCUGUCAAGAUGCCACGUGUUGCAGCGGAAUCCCAAGAAAUCUCUCUCGACGGCGGCUGGGAGUCACCAACGCUCGGCGAACUGCUAAAAGAUCUCGAAGACGGUCACCGGAAGAAAGACUCCGGCGAAGAUGCUUCGGUUCAUCACGUAUUGGAUGUCGCUUCCCCUGAAACAAGACCUGUGCCGUUUCUCUUAUCCUUCAACAAUCUCUGUUACGAUGUCAGGGGAAAAGCCGACUCGGUCAAAACUCUACUCAACGAUGUUUCCGGCGAGGUUUGCGACGGCGAUGUCCUUGCCGUUCUCGGUGCAAGCGGAGCCGGUAAGUCCACGUUGAUCGACGCACUAGCGGGACGUGUGAGUAGCUUGAGAGGUACGGUAACUCUAAACGGAGAGAAAGUUUUGAAAAGUCAACUCCUAAAAGUGAUAUCAGCAUACGUCAUGCAAGACGAUCUCUUGUUUCCGAUGCUCACCGUCAAAGAAACACUAAUGUUCGCUUCAGAGUUUCGUCUUCCGAGAAGCUUGUCCAAGUCCAAGAAAAUGGAGCGUGUUGAAGCCCUAAUAGACAAGCUAGGGCUCAGAAACGCGGCGGAUACAAUAAUAGGAGACGAAGGACACCGUGGGGUCUCCGGCGGAGAGCGGCGGCGCGUGUCGAUCGGUGCCGACAUCAUCCACGACCCCAUUGUCUUGUUCCUGGACGAACCUACUUCGGGGUUGGACUCCACCAACGCCUUUAUGGUGGUGCAAGUUCUUAAGCGUAUCGCUCGUAGUGGCAGUAUGGUAAUUAUGUCGAUACAUCAACCUAGCGCUCGUAUCAUAGACUUGCUCGACCGUCUUAUCAUCUUAUCUCGCGGCAAGAGUGUAUUCAGUGGAUAUCCGACAAGUCUUCCUCAGUUCUUGUCUGAUUUCGGACAUCCAGUCCCGGGGAAAGAGAACAUCACAGAGUUUGCACUUGACCUAGUCCGAGAGCUAGAAGGAUCGACCAAAGGAACCGAAGAGUUAGUAGAGUUCAACGAGAAGUGGCAACAGAACCAAUCUCCUCGAGCCACGCCAAUGACCACUCCUUACAAAGCAUUGUCUCUAAAAGAAUCCAUCACUACAAGUGUUUCCAGAGGCAAACUAGUCUCCGGCUCGACCAGCUCCAACCCCAUCUCAAUGGAGACAGUAUCAUACGCAAACACGCCAUUGGUCGAGGCAUAUAUAUUAUCCAAACGUUACAUUAAAAACUGGUCCCGCACCCCCGAGCUCAUUAUAACACGGCUCGCUACGGUCCUGGUGACUGGUCUUAUCUUAGCUACUAUAUAUUGGAGGCUGGACAACACUCCACGAGGUGCACAAGAGAGAAUGGCUUUCUUUUCAUUCGCCAUGUCCACAAUGUUCUACACCUGUGCAGACAACCUCCCUGUCUUUAUCCAUGAACGUUACAUUUUCUUGAGAGAGACAACUCACAAUGCAUACAGGACAUACUCAUACGUUAUAUCUCACGUUCUCGUGUCUCUGCCUCAGCUACUCGCUCUCUCCAUUGCAUUUGCUGUUACCACGUUCUGGACAGUUGGUUUAAGCGGUGGACUAGAGAGCUUCUUGUAUUACUGUCUCAUUAUCUACGCAGCCUUUUGGUCUGGUUCCUCUUUCGUUACCUUCAUAUCCGGUCUUAUUCCGAAUGUCAUGAUAAGUUUCAUGGUCACUAUUUCCUAUCUUUCGUACUGUCUACUGAUGGGUGGAUUCUUCAUUAACCGUGAUCGGAUACCGGGUUACUGGAUAUGGUUUCAUUACAUCUCAUUGAUGAAGUAUCCUUAUGAAGCUGUCUUGAUCAAUGAGUUUGAUGACCCAUCUCGAUGUUUUGUAAGAGGAGUUCAAGUAUUUGAUGGUACGCUUUUCGCCAAAGUGCCUGAUGCGAUAAAGGUUAAGAUGUUUGAUACACUGGGUAACUCUUUAGGAACUAAGAUAACGGAGUCCACAUGCUUGAGAACAGGGCCUGACUUGCUUUUGCAGCAAGGUAUAUCUCAGUUGAGCAAAUGGGAUUGCUUGUGGGUUACGUUUGCUUGGGGUAUCUUCUUUAGGAUCUUGUUUUACUUGUCCUUGUUGUUUGGAAGCAAGAAUAAGAGGACGUGAAGGAAUUCCACAAACACAAAGCAAACUUCUAUUGGCCUCAAUGUUGUUUCUCUAGCUACCCUUAAUAUACAUAUUUAAGUGAAGCUUGACAUUUCCAAGUCUUCUCCUUGUUGUUGUUUUUGUAAUCAAAUUGUAACGUUUUUAGUUCUUUCUUCGUUGUAUCCUUUUGGGAAUAUUAUCACACUUAUAUUUCUCUUUCAGUUUCUGUUAUCACAAUUACUGGAGAGCUGGCCAUAUAAAAAUUAUAACUCACAUAAAUUAAAUUCUCAAAUUUUAGCGGGUAUCAUAUGGUGUCUAUACAUUUUAAUGUCUCUACGUCUAAACCUACGUAUAAUACGGGGAGAUUAGUGUAUGGAUUUUGUACUUUUGUUGGCUUUUUCCCUGAUCAUUUCUUAGAAAUCCAAUAAUCAUAAUGUAAGAGCCCAUUUCUUCAGUUGAAGAUGAAUAUUGCUCCAUGCCUUUUGAUGUUAAAAGGAAUGAUGUGGUUAGCUAUCUUCUCCAUGAUCUUUGGAUUGCCACUUAGCCCUUUUCUUUCUAUUGUGAUAACAUGGGUGCUCCAUAUCGCCAAUAACCCGGUCUCACACGAACGUACCAACAUGUAGAACUAGAUAGUCAUAGCGUUUCUGAGAAGAUUCAAAUGGGUUUGAUCAGAACGCUUCAUGUUUGAACAUGUAUAAAUUGGCUGACCUAUUUACUAAAUCAGUUUUCCUUACUCAGUUUGCAUUUCUUCUAAGUAAGAUGGAUAUUAAUAUAUUUUCUCCAUCUUGAAGGGAAUAUUACAUUUGUAUAUCGUGAUUUAGAUGGAAAUGUCUAGACAAUCCAGUUUGUCCCGGUUACUUUCUUAACUUUACAACACCAUAUUUUGGCAUCAAUCAAUGUAACAGAAACUUUAUACAAUAGUUACUCUCUUAACUUAUUCAUCUUCCAUUGACGAGAAAGCUUGAUAUUGAUUUUGUUCAUCGUUCUUCUCUUCUUAUAGAUUACUAAAAUAUUAUAAAAUUUCAAACUAUACUAAUAAUUAUUCUUAAAAAAAAAAUUGGAUGUGAACAAGAGAGCCCGCGUGAAAGUGUGCAAGAGUGAUCGUAUUAAGUACGGUUUUGUAGGAUGUGAAUCUAAAAUCAGAUUGCUAUUGGCUAGCGAGAGCCCGCGUGGCUAUUUCAUUGGUCCGCGUAUAUUCUCUAUCUCUCUGUGUUUCAGAUAAAGAUCGAGAAUGAGUUUAAUGACCUUUUUGGCAUUUGUCCAAAGGCAAAUAUAAAAACAAAUUUAAAGCGCCAAAAAAAUACAAAUUAUUGCAGUAGAUCGAAUCAUUUUUUUCUGGUCUGCCCUUACUAGUCAGUAGACUCAGUACCCAUCAACUUGUGUUAAAUUUUAUUUUCAACCACAAGAUUUUCAAAAUGGACCAAGGUACCUGUGGGUCUAGUGACUCGAGGGGUAGUGUAAAGAAUUUUUUUUUUGUGUGUCUUUCAGAUUCAAACUAUCCUUGGUACAAAGGGUUAGUUUUAAUUCGGAAUUUCUCAAACCUGAUUUCGGACCUUUUGGAAGAUUAUAGGUCGUCCAAAGUUCUAUGAUAACUAUUUUUUUUUUUUCCGAAAUGGAGUCUAAACUUAGUUGUGUACAUAACUUUUUUGAAAAAUGUAAUGAAAAGGCAACAUCAUGGAGGAUUCUGAAUGAGUUUAGAUUGAAAACUGUUGCUAGCUAGGGAUGAGAAUUUUCAGAAAUUUAUAAUUUAAGAAUUUUAAGUCGUUUUUGAUAAAUCAGCCUUAUAUUCAUUUUCUGUUUGUAGCUAGAGUACAGAUCCUACUUUCAUAUAAAUGAUUUGCCCCCAAAAUAAAUCAGUACUUUGAAAACUAGAAGCACGUGCU